UAGUCUCCCAACUCCUUUGAUUUCAUGAAAGCUAGUAAGAAAAGUUUGAACCAAAGGUGAUGGGCGAAUUAAUGGAAAGUACAGAUUCAUCUUCAGUGUCGCCACACCCGCAACUCCCACCAGGGUUUCGAUUCCAUCCGACCGACGAAGAGCUAGUUGUUCACUACCUGAAAAAGAAGGCUGCCUCUGCUCCUCUGCCUGUUACAAUCAUAGCCGAAGUUGAUCUUUACAAGUUUGAUCCAUGGGAGCUGCCAAGUAAGGCGACUUUUGGAGAGCAAGAGUGGUAUUUUUUCAGUCCUAGAGAUAGGAAAUAUCCCAAUGGAGCGAGGCCUAAUAGAGCUGCCACUUCUGGAUAUUGGAAAGCCACUGGGACCGAUAAGCCCAUUGUAACUUCUAAUGGAAACCAAAAGGUUGGUGUUAAAAAAGCUCUGGUGUUCUACAGAGGUAAGCCUCCCAAAGGCAUCAAAACGAAUUGGAUCAUGCAUGAAUAUCGCCUUACCGGCAAUAUUUCCACUUCAAAGCCUCAAAUUUCUGAUCUACCCAACAGGAAAGCUUCUUUACGGCUUGAUGAUUGGGUUUUAUGCCGAAUUUACAAGAAGAAUAAUGCCCAAAGACCAAUGGAAAGGGACAAAGGCUACAGCAUAGAGGGCAUGGGCAUGCUUGCGACACUGCCAACUCCUAGCAAUCAAAAUCCAAGCGCUCUUACAUCAAAAGCUACGGGAUACGGGUCAUUGCUACAACAUGAAGAUAAUAAUUUCUUUGAAGGGAUAUUAUCAGACCAAGGGAUGCGAAGCAGUUCCAAUGUUUCAAAGCAAAAUUUUCCCAUGGCAUUUACUGUUAAACGAACGCUUCCUCAACAAUACUGGAACGAAACGAAUUUAACAGCUUCAGAAUCCGGCAAAAGAUUCCAGCAAGAUGAUCUAAACUGUAACAGCAGAUCUGGCAAUAUUGACUAUACCAAUUCGUUUGUUUCUUUGCUCAACCAGCUACCUCAAAACACCCCGUUUUAUCCUGGCACGAUCGUUGGAUCCCUUGGGCAACAGUUUAUACUUCCUGGUUCCUAGAAUGCUUUGGAAGUAACUAUAUCUACAAUUAAUGCAAUAAUUCUCGGUACUUAUUUGAUGUUUGAAAUGAUUUAAGCAGGUGUAAGAAAAUGCAUUAUGUUGGAA